CCAAACUCCAAAUUGCUAAACACAUUUUUAUAGUUUGAUACAUCUCCCACCUCUGCGCUCCAUCUCCCCUAGCGGUGCAUCACGAGUCGAUCUCCAAAGAUGAUAAAUGGAGAGGGGACAGGAGAGAAUUUAUCAGCUGCUGUUGACUCUCAUUGUGAUCCACCUGACCAUGAUUCUUUGCUGUCUCCAAAAUCAGAUGGUGGAGAUGUCUUAACGGAUUACUCGUCAUGUGAGUCUGAGUACGAGAGAUACUGCAGUGCCAACUCAGCCAUGGGGACUCCUACUGUGUGUAGUUCACUAGGGUCAACAGCAUUUCUUGAGUUUCCAGAUAGCUUCAGACUAGGGGAUGAACAUAAUAAGGUUAGAAACUCUGGUAAUUACAGGAAAUUAUCAGAUUUUGGUGAUCCUAGUCCUUCUUUACAAGAAAAUGAAGAUUGUGAUCAAAUGAGUGAAGCAGAAAAAGGAUUGGCAGGGAUUAGGGGUGGAGUUGAUUUGUAUGGAAAUGCAGAGUCUUUUUUGAUGCAUGAUGACAUUUUCAUGGAAAAUCUUGAUGUGGCUGAGGGAUGGGGGGUUAAAACUGACGAAUUGCCUGUAAUGGGAAGUGAUGAUGAUGAAGAAGAACGGUCUUACGGCCAUGGUUCUGAAGAGGACACGAAUAGGGGAGUUGUUGGAGUAGAUGUACAAAAUUCAAGGGCUAGCAGUAGUUUAUUUGAAGCCAAUAUUAUAGGGCAUGAAGAGGUAUCAGUCUUCCAUAGGGGUUUUGAAAAUUUUGAUGGGAAGUUAGAAGCAUCAGGCUUGCACUCUGGUUUUACCUAUGAUGCUGCCGAAUCUGGAGGAUGCUUGGAUGGGUGUGAUACCUCAUCGAGAAAUGAUCAUUCAGAAGAUGAUCAUUCAAUGUUUGGAGGGGAGACUGACACAGAGGAGAAGAUUGACUCAUAUUCUAUGAGUAAUUUACCACAGUUCAGCAAAAAACAUGAUGAAAAUGAAAAUAAGUUUCUUAUGGGUUCUGCUGUAGCUUUUGGUUCUGAUGAUUGGGAUGAUUUCGUGUUCCAAACCGAAGCAAAUAGUCUAGAUUCAGUGGUGCAGGAUGACUUUCAGGUUGAAAAGAAGCAGAACUUUGAAGUUGAAAAUGGGGUUUUAGCUGCUGCUUCUUUAAGCCCUGCGAAGUUUUCUAGUGUAAGUUCAACUAUGCAACCAGAAGAGGCAAAAAGUGCACUUGUAUAUAAUAAGCAAGGUCGUAAUGGUGUAUCAGCUAAGUCCACCACUUCUAGCACUGUGGACCCUUUUACUCUCUUAACAAAUUGUAAAGGAGAAGAAGGAGAACAUCCAAAAUCACCGCAUACUGAAAUUAGUCAAAGUCAUGGUGUUGAUGAAUCUGCAGAAUGUCAUAACUCUGUUUUACAAGAGGUUCCCUUUAAAGAUUGUCUUGAAAACAGGGAAGGUAAAUUGGAUCAGAAUCAUCAGUGUACCAGUACUGAGGAAGGAACUCAAACCCAUGCUUCUAGUAUGGAUUCAGAAAGCACAACCUUGCACCUGGAACCUUUUUCCAGUUCUGCUUCAGGAGAGCAUUCUGAAGAUACAAAGGCAGUGGACCUUGAGCUCAAUGAAUUCUAUGACGAGGUUGUUCAUGAUAUGGAAGAAAUAUUACUUGAUUCUGGUGAAUCUUCUGGAUUUGCUCUUGGCAACAGGAUAUAUCAGUCCUAUAUACCUCUUGUCUCAAGAGAUGGUGGUUCUACUGCUUCAACUUCUGGUACAGACGAUGCUUAUCCUGUUAUUCAGCACCCAUGGAGGAUUAGUGGAGUUGAAGUUAUAGGUGCAAGGCAGAAAAAUGGGAAUGUUUCUCUCAGUGAGCGUAUUCUUGGAGUAAAAGAAUACACUGUUUAUAAAAUAAGGGUGUGGAGUGGAGAAGAAAGUUGGGAUGUUGAACGGCGGUUCCGUGAUUUUUGUACACUUCACCGUCGUCUGAAGAAGUCAUUUGCAGAACAAGGCCGGGUUCUGCCUUCCCCCUGGUCCUCCAUUGAACGAGAAUCAAUAAAGGUUUUUGGUAGUGCCUCUCCAGAUGUCAUUACUGGAAGAAGUGUUCUGAUUCAAGAUUGUUUACAAUCAGUUCUGCAUUCCAGGUUUUCUUCUGGUCCCCUCAAUGCUCUGAUUUGUUUCUUGUCCCCAUCACAGGAUAUUCCUAAUUCGCCCGAUUCUGAUACAAAUGUACCUCGGUCUCCACCCUAUUUGAGAGACACAAGCAAAGGAGAUAUUUCAACUUUUGGGAAAACUAUAUCGCUCAUUGUUCAAAACCGGCCAUUUAAAUCUGUGAAACAGUUGUUGGAUGAACAACAUUAUGCUUGUGCAGGCUGCUAUAUGAAUUUUGGUGAUGGAAAGAGUCGGAUACAGGAACUUGUACAGACACUAGGGUGGGGAAAGCCUCGUCUUUGUGAAUAUAGUGGCCAGUUAUACUGUUCUUCAUGCCACACAAAUGAUACUGCUGUCUUGCCAGCAAGAGUUCUACACUGUUGGGAUUUCAAUCACUAUUCAGUUUCUCAGCUGGCUAAAUCUUAUCUGGAGUCUAUACGUGACCAGCCAAUGCUUUGUGUGAGUGCUGUAAACCCUGUGCUAUUCUCAAAGGUUCCAGCUCUGCAACAUGUUACAAAUAUAAGAAAAAGAAUAGGAGCAAUGCUUCCAUUUGUCCGUUGUAGCUUUCGUGGCUCUAUUUACAAGGGGGUUGGAUCUCGCAGAUAUCUUCUUGAAAGCAGUGACUUUUUUGCGCUUAGGGACCUUAUUGAUCUCUCCAAGGGUGUUUUUGCUGCACUGCCCGUGAUGGUAGAGACUAUAUCAAGAAAAAUAACGGAGCAUAUCACUGAACAGUGUCUCAUAUGCUGUGAUGUGGGUGUUCCCUGCAAUGCUCGACAACAUUGUGAUGACCUCUCUUCUCUCAUUUUUCCUUUCCAGGAAGGAGAGGUCGAAAGGUGCAAAUCUUGCAAGUCAGUUUUCCACAAAAAAUGCUUCAAAAAGAUAUCCACUUGCCCUUGUGGUACUCAAUUGAAUCCAGAGCCAGAGAGCAAUGCAACUAUACGCAACCAGAGCAUUACUAAUGAUGGGAGUUCCACUCUGGAAUUGUCGGGAAAGAGGCCAGACUCGAGUAAAGGCUUUCUUUCUGCAUUAUUCCCAAAGGUAAAGUCACCGAGGUCUUCAGGGAGUAGAGAACAAGGGCAUAAACAUAGCGAUACUGUUAUCUUGAUGGGCUCAUUGCCAAGUAACACCCUCUGAAUCCUCGUUUUGCCUUCAGUGCGUGUAUUUUUUUCUUGUCCUGCCAUUUUUGUUAGUUCCCUCAUUAUUUGAGCUGAUAGUAUAUUAAAACCUUUGCUCUUUCUUUCGUAUUUGGUCGAUUUUACUUGCCGGAUUGUAUUCUUUGUAAAGAAAUUUACGUUUGAGUAGCGUGAUUCUUGCUCUUCCAGACUCAAGUUGUUGCUGUAAAUGAAAAUUUUCAAUAAAAGGUUAGUGUUGUUACGGAGACUAA